AUGCAACCCACCCCGACCAGCCUUUUCCACGACGGUGCCGGGGGUGCAGCCGCCGCGGGGGAGGCUUCAACCCUUGCCCGGCCGGGGAAAAGGCUCGUCAGGGCGGGUUGGGGACCGACGCGGAUCCCCAGCCUGUUCCCGCAUUGGUUCCCGAAUUGGAGUGGCUCGGAACUAAACGAAACGCGGGAGGCUCUUUUAACCCCUUCCUCCGACUACGAUGAUGAGGAGUUCCUGCGAUAUCUCUGGAAGGAGUAUUUGCAUCCCAAGGAAUAUGAAUGGGCGCUGAUCGCCGGCUAUAUAGUCGUCUUCAUUGUGGCUCUCGUCGGGAACGUCUUGGUUUGCCUUGCAGUGUGGAAGAAUCAUCACAUGAGGACCGUUACCAACUAUUUCAUAGUGAACCUUUCUCUGGCUGACAUUCUGGUCACAAUCACUUGUCUUCCAGCAACUUUAGUUGUGGACAUCACAGAAACGUGGUUCUUUGGGCACACCCUCUGUAAAGUGAUUCCCUACUUACAGACAGUUUCAGUCUCUGUGUCUGUCCUAACACUCAGCUGCAUUGCUUUGGAUCGAUGGUAUGCAAUUUGCCACCCUUUGAUGUUUAAAAGCACAGCCAAGCGAGCCAGGAACAGCAUCAUAAUUAUCUGGAUUGUGUCCUGCAUCAUAAUGAUUCCUCAGGCUAUUGUUAUGGAGUGCAGCAGUGUGUUCCCAGGAUUAGCCAAUAAAACCACCUUGUUCACAGUGUGUGAUGAGCACUGGGGAGCUGAGGUUUACCCCAAAAUGUAUCACAUGUGCUUUUUCCUGGUGACAUACAUGGCACCACUGUGUCUUAUGGUGUUGGCCUAUUUGCAAAUAUUCCGAAAGCUGUGGUGUCGCCAGAUCCCAGGAACUUCUUCUGUUGUUCAGAAGAAAUGGAAGCCUCAGCAGCCCCCAGCACAGCCCCGGGGUCUGGGACAAUCAACAAAGUCAAAGAUUAGUGCUGUGGCAGCUGAAAUAAAACAGAUUCGUGCAAGAAGGAAAACAGCACGUAUGCUAAUGGUUGUCCUUCUGGUUUUUGCACUUUGCUAUCUACCAAUUAGCAUCCUCAAUGUCUUGAAAAGGGUUUUGGGGAUGUUUAAUCAUGCUGAUGACAGAGAAACUGUAUACGCCUGGUUCACAUUCUCCCACUGGCUUGUGUAUGCAAACAGUGCAGCCAAUCCUAUUAUUUAUAACUUCCUCAGUGGGAAAUUUAGAGAAGAAUUUAAAGCAGCAUUUUCCUGUUGCAUCUUUGGCAUUCGCAGCCACCGUGACGAACGGUUCAACAGAGGUCGUGCCAGUACAGAGAGUCGGAAAUCCCUGACCACCCAGAUCAGCAAUUUUGAUAACGUUUCAAAACUUUCUGAACACGUUGUAUUGACCAACAUAAACACAAUUCCAUCAAAUGAUAUCCCAGCUAUGCUCAGCCCAUUGAAGUCAGCAGAACUGCAUCUCCACAUACCCGGGAUGAACAUGACUUCAAAUAUAGAUGAAGCCAUGAGGGUUUCUGCAGAAGACACUGUCAAAACAGAGAAUGCAGAGUGGGAUAAAUUUGUCCCUAGCAUAACUAAGCUUACUUCGAUGGAGUUACAGCAAGGAUGACUUUGGCUCAACACACUACCACUGCCAGAGACUGUCACAUGCUUUUAGCUGUGGUACAAACUACAGCUGGACAAAGGGAUUCCUUCAAAAUAACUGCUAAUCCUCCUUUUUCUCAGUCUUACAGAAACCUACUUACCUCAGUAUGAGCUAAAGAACAGGUCUUUACAAUUCUUUUUAAAGAUUGGAUUGUAUCAUACUUUGU